AUGCAGUGUUCUGAUGCUGUUUUAGAGCUGGAUGAGGCAGCUUUCCAGGCGCCGUUCCAAGGAAUUGAAGAAGCCGAUAAUCUAAAGGAAAUUCGUAUGAUCUUGCUUGGUAAAAUUGGAGGAGGUAAAAGUUCUUUCGGUAAUGUAUUAAUUGGCUCGAAAGUAUUCAAAGCAGCCUAUACCGAAGAUGGAGUAACGAAGGAAUGUGUUAUUAAGGAAAAUCGAUUUGGUGAGAGACUACUGAAAGUAGUUGAUACACCUGGCUUCUUUGAUCUUAUUGAAAACGAACGUAAAAAUCAUGCUGAAAUCACAAAAUCUCUAGGAAGUGUUGCUCCGGGCCCUCAUGCAUUUCUAGUCGUCGUUAAACUUGGUAAACUGAGUCCAGAAGAUCGUGCUUGCGUACGAAAAAUUGGAGAAAUUAUUGGACCAACAGCGCUGAAUUAUUGUAUACUAAUAUUAACGCAUUCAGAUCAACUUGAAGAGGAUACUACAUUUGAUGAUUACCUUAGAUCUGGCGAUGGGUUUCUAAAGAACGAAUUGAUUGAUAAGGCUUUUAGAGGACGUUAUAUUAGAGUAAACAAUAAGGAAAAAGACAAAACUAAAGUUAAUGAAACUAUUAAGGAUCUAAUACAAAAGAUUAAAACUAUGGUCGCCAAGAAUAAUGGUGUGUGUUUUCAAAACGAGCUCACAAAACGAGUGACGCAAUGUAUACACGAAAAACAGGAGGCAAUGGGAAAUUUUAGACUGAUAGAACCAGAUGGAAGAAUCAAUGUGACAGAUGAAGUCAUUGAUGAAGUUUCAAUGUUUCGUUCGGAACGGACUAGAGCGAAUCCUAAUAUCGAAGAAUUCGACUCGGAUAAUACAAAUGACAACAGUCCGAGAAUUGUAGACAACGAAUUAACAACAAAGGAUCCACAAGAUACCCUUACUACGGCUACAACGGAAGUACGAAAUAUAUGCCAAAAAGAAAUAGUAUUUCCAUUGAUUGCAACGAAUCAACGAAAUAGUAGUGAUAAAAUAUACUGUAAUGAUUGUUAUAACGAUCUUGGUGCUAAGCUGAAACAAAAUCGAAAACUAUUUGAUGAGUACAGCGAAGAUGACACUCAAUUCGAUGAAUUUUUUGUAGAAGCUAUUGCUUCACCAAAAGCACCCAUAGAAAGGAAACAAGUUCCUAUUUUAUGGUUGGAUCUGGUCGAAAAUACGACUGCAGAAUCCCAAAGAAUAUCGGAAGAAAAGAUUAGAGAGAAUCGAUUCAAUCUAGAAACAUUUACAAUCGACAAGGAUUGCGAAAACUAUCUUACAGCAAAUAAUUCCGAAAAAUGUUUUUUAAUCCUUUCUAAGGAUAUCGGACGAAUGUUCUUAGAAAAGAAAAUUCAGACAAGAAAAGGACCAGUCAGAAUUCAUGACCUCCCAAAACUGGCAAGAGUGUACAUAUAUUGCCCGCAAAAAGCCGACGCAAUUGUUGCAGAAUCACUCGUUGAAGACGGUAAUGAUGAGUUAUGUGUUACAGCGCAGAGAGAUGACCAUCCAGAUGAGCCGAUAUUAAUAAGUCCAGCAACAGCGAAAACUACUUCAUCGGAAUCAAGUUCUGAAACAUCGGAUCACAUAACAAACGACGGUAGAAUCGAAACUCAUGUUAUUACAUCCUCUCCGAAUGAUAGACGUCCUUCAUCUGAUGCGAGCUCUGAGAUAACUCCGCUAGUUUCAAAGGAAGUUCCUGUGUGUGAAAACCAGUCAUUCAAUGGUCAGAAAGUGCAAAAUGUUCGUCAUUCAAUGAGUUUCAUGGAUCGAUUAUCUUCGUUCUGUAUAAGAUAUAGUUGCUGUGGUAGAACAGAUACGAAAACAAAAGUUCAAGCCAAUGGUAAAUCAUCGGCAAAAUCAGCGUUAGAAAUGCCCAAAACACUUCUCACAAAAGUAGCACCUCGUCUCGUCUCCAGCUCCCAAUCCACAUUGCCAUUUGACGAACCAAAUGACUCAUCUCUCACAGAAAGCAAUGACGAUGAAUGGGUGAAAAAUUAUUCCAAGGUUAGUCAGCGAAAUAACUUAUUUUUUUAAUUUUAUUUUUAAACCUUUUUAACAUUUUCUGUCGCUUAAUACAGAUAUGUGGUGUUUUUACUGAUUUAACCGAAUUGCUUACACAAAUGUGUUAGGAUCAAAUGGUAGUUUGCGAUGAAAUCGACAAUCUAUUGACUCUGUUGGUUAUCAAAGGAGACGAGGCAUCAGUUCAAAAAUUUUAAAACAGGGAGUUUAAACAGGGAGUCCCUCCUAGCAGAGGGAGCUAGUAUCCGAUGGAGUUAGUCCAUCAGGAUAAUGGUGUUGAGCUACGAAAUAUUGAGGAAUUUCGCCAUGAAUACAAAGCCGACGAUGUAAUUCGUUGGUACACCAGAAAUGCGUGUUUUUAUCGGCUUCUUAAUAGAGCAUUACGGUUUCAAACCUACGAUGCUAUUAUUUCUUUUCGUCUUUUAAUCAACGAUAUAUCUCGACAAUUAGAGAAUGAAUAUCAUAAACAGAAGACCACGAUAGAGACGGGUGGUGGAAGGUCAGUUUUCCUAGUGUAUCGAGGACAGCGUAUGGGUACAACGGAAUUCAAUGAAAUAAGUACUUCAAAUUGUCAUGAUAAACAGUUUCUUCUCAGCCACCAUAGAUAAAACGGCAGCAUUAGUAUUUAUAGCCGGUGCAACCUCUAUCAUUCGGAGAGGAUGUAAUAACAUGAGUUUCGAUUCUACCGUCGUUUGUUAUGUGAUCCGAUGUUUCAGAACUUGAU